CAUAAAACUUCACCUUGAAUUAAUAUAUAUUAAUCUAAUUUGGUCCCUUCCUCGCCGGAGCCAAGCGUGAGUUUCGCCAGAAAAAAUCUUGCAAAAAAAGGGAGAGGGAGAAAAUGGGCGGAGAAGUUGUCGGCGGCGGCGGCGGGCAGCGAUGCGUGGUUUUGGAGCUGCCGGCGAAGGAGGAGGAGGAGUCGGCGACGGCUGCCGGCAGCAGCAGCUUCGACCUGGAGAGGGCGGUGUGCAGCCACGGGCUGUUCAUGAUGGCCCCCAACCGCUGGGACCCACUCUCCAAAACCCUCACCCGCCCUCUCCGCCUCUCCUCCUCCUCCUCCUCCUCCUCCUCUCCCCACCUCUCCCUCCCCGUCCGCAUCUCCCCACCCUUCCCGCCCCCUCCUCCUCCUCUCCGUCCUCGCCCCCGACCACCCCCUCUCCCCCCAAGACCUGCUCUCAAUCUCGGUGCCCUAACCCUAACCCUAACCCUAACCCUAACCCUAACUCCGAGUCCAUAUAUUCUCUCUCUGAUCUCUCCGCUGGAGUUGGAAAUGCUGAUCGUGGGUCGGAUUUGCAGGGCCAGGUGCGGCGGAUGCUCCGGAUAUCGGGCGAGAACGAGCGGGUGAUCAGGGAGUUCCACGACCUCCACGAGGGGGCUCGGGCGAGCGGCUUCGGCCGGGUUUUCCGGUCUCCGACACUCUUCGAGGACAUGGUCAAGUGCAUCCUCCUCUGCAAUUGCCAGUGGCCAAGAUCAUUGUCAAUGGCUAGAGCACUUUGCGAGCUUCAACUGGAACUUAAUGGCUCUAAACCUAUGGAGCUUUUUCAACCAAAAACCCCUCAACCAAAAGAAGUCAAAAGAAAGCGUGGAACGGAACAUGAUGCGGCAAUGAAAUUAGAAACCAAGCUUGCAGAAAAUGAAGUGGAGUUGGUGAAUGACGUCGACCCGAAGCCCUUGAGCGUCUAUUCAUUUGCAAAUUCCGAACUCCCAAUUAACAGUGCAAGUGAUGCUUCCAUCACCAUUGAUCAGAUUGGAGAUUUUCCGAGUCCGGAAGAACUUGCCCAUCUCGAUGCAGAUUACUUGGCAAAACGCUGUAAACUUGGAUAUCGUGCGCAGCGUAUUAUAUCUCUUGCCAAAAGUAUAGUGGAGGGGAAGUUAGAGAUUAAGAAGCUCGAAGAUUUAUGCAAAGGGUAUACGCUAUCCUCGUAUGACAAAUUGGAUGAGGAGCUCUCACGUCUCUCGGGCUUUGGUCCUUUCACGCGCGCCAACGUCCUCAUGUGCAUGGGGUUCUACCACAAAAUUCCAGCUGAUUCUGAAACAAUUAGGCAUUUAAAACAGUUUCAUCGGAGAAGUUGCGCUGUACAAUCUGUUCAGAAGGACAUUGACGCAAUCUACGGGAAGUAUGCCCCGUACCAGUUCUUGGCAUACUGGUCUGAGUUGUGGGAAUACUACGAGAAACAGUUUGGAAAGACGAGCGAUAUGCCGCCAUCACAUUACCAACUAAUUACUGCAAGCAAUAUGAGGAGGAAGGCUUCUGAAAAGUAAUGUUUGAGCAAUUGUGGUAACAAUAUGGUCAUCAAGUGGGGAAUUCCUUUUAUUUAGGGAAAAAAUUUGUAUCCAUAUUGUAUUGUGUGAGUUAGUAUAACAUCUUCUUCAGCCAACUUGUAAUCGAUGAAUGGUAAUUAUUUUCGCGGAAAUGCUAUGCCAGUGAAGAUGAAAGGAGAAAAGAGACAAAAAAAUGAGAUGUAGUGAAGAUGAAAGGAGAAAAGAGACAAAAAAAAUGAGAUGUUUAGAGGCUAAUAUUCAGUGUGUUAUGGCACUUGCCCAAUACUGCUAUUCAGUGUGUUAUGGCACUUGCCCGAGUCUCGACCAUCUUUCAAAGUCAUUGAAUUUGAUCAUUUAAAGUUAGCAAGGUGCAUUUGAAAAAUGUUGCAUCCAGUUUUUCUUUCUUGAUUGAUAA